CGAAGUGUUCGCCACGCGAUCAGCUGCAGCGGCCGCCGAGCCUGCGAACGAACGAUGUUUUGGCGUACCUGUCUACGAUGGAUCAAAGAUAAGGACGGGGAGCGCGAGCCGGAGGCUGGCGGCGACGGCCUGGAGGCGGCGCUGUGGCGGCUGGGGCGGCCCGGCCGCUUCCUCUGGUCCGUCUUCCUGCUGUGCUCGCUGCCCGGCGUCUUCAACAUGUGGCACCUCACCUCGUACGUCUUCCAGGGCUACCGCGUCGACCACUGGUGCCACGUGGAGGCGCUCAGCGCCCGGGGCUGGAGCGAGGCCCAGGUGCGAAACAUCUCCGGACAAGGAGAAGCGGAGUCCUGUUCGUACUACAACUACAACUACAGUGCACUGGCUGACCUGGGCUUCGUGGACGCGCUCCAAGAGGUGCAGUCGCAGCCGCGGCCUCCGAGAGUCCCCUGCAUCAGCCACGACUACGAGGACUACCACACCAUCACCUCAGAGUGGGACCUGGUGUGUGAGAGGACUGCGCUUCGCUCCACGGCUCAGAUGGUCGUCUCUUUCGGGAAGCUGCUUGGCGCGCUCAUCUUCGGCUUCAUCGCAGACAGGGCGGGCCGCAAGACGAGCCUGACGCUGUCCUUCCUGAUCUACAUCGUGGUGGGCCCGCUGUCCGGGCUGCUCGCCUACUACUGGGUGUUCGUGGCGGCGCGCCUGCUCAUCGGCAUGGCGGGCGCCGGCUGCUUCAACUGCGGCUUCACCCUGCUGACAGAAGUCUGCCACCCAACUUACCGCACACUGCUGAGCUUGCUCUACAAUAUGUCGUACCCACUGGGGCAGCUUACACUACCUGUCAUUGCGUACUAUCUGCGUGAUUGGCAGAAACUGCAGCUAGCCAUAUCGAUACCUGCCGUGCUGCUCAUUUUCAACAUCUGGUUGCUUCCUGAAUCCCCCAGGUGGCUUAUUGCACGUGGACAGAGGGAAAAGGCCUGGAAGAUAGUGAAAAAGGCAAAUCCUCAUGCAGAAAAAAGGAGUGUCACAGAAAUACAGCCAGUAGCCAACACAGAUGCAACAGUGACUGAGAAGAACUAUGAGAUCGCAUUGUUUAAGAGGUUUUUGGCCAGCACUAAGAAGCUAGUUGUAAUGUUCCGGCAUGGAGAGAGCUGCCGCCGGCUGGUCAUAUGCUUCUAUCUGUGGUGGGUGUCUGCACUCACAUAUUAUGGUCUCUCUCUCAACUCCCAGAACUUUUCAUCUGACAGAUAUGUCUACACUGCUGUGUCUGGAGCAGUGGAGAUAGUAGGUUACUUGAUACCAAUUCCUUUACUACGAGUGAUGGGUCGCAGGUCCACCAGCUCUUUACUGUUCUUUAUAUCUGGUGUGGCACUCCUCCUGGUAUUACCAGUUCCAGAAGAUCUUCCAGGACUACGGAUGGCUGUGGCAAUGGUGGGUCGCCUCUGCAUUGGAGCAGUGUACUCCGUGGUCAUACUUCACACCUCAGAACUGUUCCCAACAGUUGUCAGAAACACAGCAGUUGGUACCAGUGCCACUGUGUCACAUAUGGGUGCAACAAUAGCACCAUACAUUGUUGACCUAUUGGGGGAGAAGGCAUGGUACAUUCCAAGCACCCUGUGUGCCAUUGUAUCACUCUUUGCUGGCAUGUUAUCAUUAUUACUGCCAGAAACAAAGGGCAAGGAAUUGAUGGACUCAUUGGAUGAGAUGGACCAGCGAACAGCGCAAGGUGAUAGAGUGUCUUGUAAAAACUGUCUGUGCUGCAGGUCAUCGCAGAACAGCUAGCAGCAACAUACUUGUUUGCAUAUUGUAAAUUAUAUUGUAAAUAUAUUGUACAUUAUAAAUAGUGAAAAAUUUCAUUCCAUUUCAUAUUUUAUACAUGACUGCAGCAUUCAUUCCAAUCCAUUUUUGGAUAAAAUAUCCUUGCAGUCAUGGUUUCAUUCUUGUGAAUUUUUCAUAUU